GUUUACUGCCUACCAUGCACCUCAUCAGGACUAUCAAUUUUUUCUUCUCGUGGUGUGGCAAGAAACAGACCCAGAGACGCAGUCUUUAGGUGUAAGCCAGAUGAAUUGCGCCAGAUUUUUCUUCCAUUUCAUGAAUGUGGUUCAUCUUAAUGAUUUUGUGAAACCAGAUGUUGUUCUAGCGCCGCGAUUUCUUUGUAUACUAUACCAUAAGAUCAAAAGAGAAGGGCUAUUGAAACAGUAGAGGAUGGCUGUUGAUCGUCAGUAUAUAUCCAAUGCUUAGUGCAACUUUUUCAUACAAAAUUGACUCAAUAGCUAUGAGAUACCCGGCGAGCAUGGAAUUCAAAGAUGCUAUGAGUUACAAUGUUACGAGUUUGGAUGCGCUUUUUGCCGCAAGAGGUUUGAUUAUCUUGAGGACAAUGAAUGAUUGCUACAACCUGAUGCAAAUGAGGUGUGACGGGUUGAUCAAACUUAUUGGCUAUGGACGCUCAGAAUGUAUGUUGUGUAUCAUGCUAUCCUAUGCGGAUGAUGGAGACCUUUCCGAAAAAAUACAAGCUUUCCUAAAAGCCUACGAGCGUCCUAUUUUGGACCAACAUUGGUGCUUUCAUUGAGAGCUUGGAUUCUCUCAUAUCACUCCGGUGGGAAUCAAGAAAGGGAAUUUCUGGAAAAUCUGUUGAAAAAAAAAUGAAAACACGAAUAAAUCGGUUCUGGAAAUCCAAAAAAGUUUGGGAUCUUCCUCUGUUGACCCGAACUCCAGCUAAUUGGGCUUACUGAAGCAGUCAAGAUCAUUGCCAAGCUCGAACACUUCACUGCACCACCUGUAGUCUGUCGGGUCGUGGCGGCUCUCGUCGCCUUCGCUCCUGGUUCAGCACCACCGUCGCUUCGAGUUUUAGCACCACCGCCAUGAAGGUUCCUGCAAACAUACGGCCUAAACAACGUAUGAACCCACGGUCUGCCGUCGAGGCCUGAAUCAGCCUAAUGACCGGCAGCAAAGUGGAGAUCGACGUAUACCGUAUGACUCCAAGACGAGCUCUGCAACUCCAUCACCGCCGCACCUGUCACCGCGCCGCCCGCCGUCGAGGUUUGCUGGGCCUGCACGCUGAGAUCGAGUUGCGGUAUUGGGGACCCCUGGGCGAGAUGCUCCGGGCUGGCAAUAGGAACCGAGGGCCGCCCCUACUUCGACGAUGGCGAGUUCGUCCUCCCUUUCCGGCGGAAUCGAGGACAUCUCCUCUUCCUCUCCGGAGCUGCAGAACGGCCCUCAUUUCUCCGGACCUAACGGGAGUUGCUGAGAAGAAGACGGACCACAAUCAUUCAACAAGUCUGCAGCAUUCCACAAUUUAGCAUGGGCCCAAGGGAAUCACCAGGCUCUUAUUCAUUUCAGCCAAGCCCAUCAACAAAUGGCCCAAACAAAAGCUAAGUAUAAAAAAUCAUCUAUUCCGUAUAUUUGAUACAUAGAAAAAUUUAUUUAGUUGCAAAAAAAAAAAUCAUAAAUUGCAGCAUAUUGAAAAGUACAUUAAGUGGUAUAAUUUCUUUUACUCUCUUUAAAUGUGUGUAAUUUUAACAUUGAAAACGGACUUAUGAAAUCCGAUCACUCACGUACACCGGACGAGCACACACACUCGUACAAUGGUCGAGCACACACACUCGCGCCACCGGAUCACGUCAUAUGGGUGUGGCGAUUAAUAAGCUCCAAUAUAAAUGUUAAUACCGCACACUCUUGAUUUCAUACGAGUUCUUGCGUGCUCUUACCCCUUCCCAGUGCAUCACACUCCGACCUCGGGGGACGUGUCGCCCGUUCAAAAGUCUUCACUUGCGGGUUCGAACUACUAACUUCGGGUGCCGAGUUAAACUCUUGUUAGGGGCCUAGAGCCACGCUCUUCCGAGCAAUUUUUUUCACUUAAUUGACAUUCACAUUUCCCGAAAAGGUCGAUAUACUUUAGUUCUGUGGGGUUGGAUUAUCCGUUCGAAUGGUGACUCCGAGUCACUUACUCGCGGAUUCAAUCUUCCUUUCGGAGACUGGGUUGAAGCCUAACUUGGGAAAUUGAUGUCACUCUUUUCAAGUAGUGAGUCCGACUCACUCACUCACUUAUUUGACAUUCACAUUUCCUGAAAAGGUCGAUAUACUUUAGUUCUGUGGGGUUGGAUUAUCCGUUCGAAUGGUGACUCCGAGUCACUUACUCGCGGAUUCAAUCUUCCUUUCGGAGGCUGGGUUAAGGCCUAACUUGGGAAAUUGCUGUCACUCUUUUCAAGUAGUGAGUCCGACUCACUCACUCACUGAGUCGUGGUUCAACACCAGACCAAAUGCUCUAUUAUACACCUGUUGCUUUUAUGUGUAGGUACGACUGAACGAGGAGUAGCCUGAUGAGUUCAAGCCCGACAAGAAGAACGGUUCUAGUCAUCCCCUUCACAGAUGGUGAGCGUUGCAAUAAAGGCUGAGGAUUUCACCUCUUGCUUCAUCUUGGGGGCGCCAGGUGUACUCUUUUUCCCUUCAUUGGGAUUUUUUCCCAUUGGGUUUUUUCCUAAUGAAGGUUUUUAAUGAGGCAUCUCCCCGACAUGGACAAAGGCGGGGAUCUUCCAGUCUCGAAGAAGAGCAACUGACUUGGACUACUCCCUCUUAGCCGAGUUUACUACUCGACUAAGGGAGUGGGGAACUCGUGAUGGAGUAAUAAGACUAGGCCCAGAGCCUAAUCGGCCCAAGCCCCGAACUUGGACCCGUGGAUCCAAGUUCAUGACCUGGAACCUAUCUACCAGUCCAGCGGGGAGCCUGUCAGUCCGCCCGACCUGCCAGCUGGGAAAAGUAACGGUCAAGCAAUUAAUGCGUUGUUUAAUUAUGUAUUUAAUUUCGUAUUAAUGUUGUAAUUAAUUAGUCAUUAUUAUCGAUAGCGGUUACGAUUUGUAUACGCCUAUAAAAGGCAGAUUGUAAUUCAAAUUAGGGGAACUGCUAUAAGUCAUUUCUGGCA